UCGUCUUUCUCUCCCCACUUGGCAGAGCCUUUUUUGAGAAGAUGCCCAAAGUAAAAAGAAGCAGGAAAGCUCCUCCGGAUGGCUGGGAACUGAUUGAACCAACAUUGGAUGAGCUGGAUCAAAAAAUGAGAGAAGCGGAGACUGAGCCUCAUGAAGGGAAGAGGAAGGUAGAAUCCCUCUGGCCCAUCUUCAGAAUUCAUCACCAGAAAACACGCUACAUCUUUGAUCUCUUCUAUAAGAGAAAAGCAAUUAGCAGAGAACUGUAUGAAUACUGUAUCAGAGAAGGAUACGCUGACAAAAACCUGAUUGCAAAGUGGAAGAAACAGGGUUAUGAGAACCUUUGCUGCCUGCGCUGUAUCCAGACUCGGGAUACCAACUUCGGAACUAACUGCAUUUGCAGGGUCCCAAAAAGCAAGUUGGAAGUGGGGAGAAUCAUUGAGUGUACUCACUGUGGAUGCAGAGGCUGCUCAGGGUGAAAUCUUUAAAAAACUGGACACUUUUGAGGUUCUGAAAAGUGCUGAUUCCACAUCAUGGACUAUUACUGCUAUAAUUGUCUUGUAUAAACCCUGCUGUGAGUCAAGCUUCCUUUAACAGUCUGAACAGCAAUAUAGCCACCUGGAUCGUAAAAUGCAGUAGUGAGUGAUUUUGAUUAGUCUUGUAUAUCAAUUUUAUUUUAAAAUAAAAUCUUAUUUCCCCCACA